AUGAAAUGGGAGAAGUUAAAGCCUCCAGAGCCAGAUGAUCCUAUGUGUUGCUGUGAGUGUGAUAUUGACCCGUGCGGAUGUUGCUGUGACUGUGAAGAUCUGGAUGAAGCCUUUAACAGGUGGCUGAAAGACAAACCACCUAAAAGUGGAUGUCAGUCUCCUGUGCUUGGGGCCAUAAUUAACAACCUGGAGAUCUCCAUGAUCCCAGUACUGGUGCUGCUGCCUGUCCUGCUGCGGGUUGCAGCGCUGCACUACCUGCUGGGUGUCACCAUCCUGACAGCUCUGCCCUGCCUGGUUCUCUGGUACUACUACGCCACUCACCGAAAAAAGAAGCGCACCCUCUUCUUUCUCACCCUUUCUCUCUACUCUCUGGCCUACAUGUAUUACCUCUUCAUCACAGAGAUUUUACCUCGCGGGGACGUCAGCCAGCUGCAGGUGUGCACAGUGACAGCCGGGAUGAUUCUCACUGUCGUCUCUCUUAUUCACACCAAGAGGGGCCCUGGAUUUGUGACGACCACCUUGCAUGAAACACACAGUGAGAGUCAGGAGAACAACAAGGACUCCCCACAGCAUAAUGGAUCUAUUCAAUCAAAAGUCUCCUCUUCAGGACCAGUGACAGUAAAAGAGGCCCUGAGAGCAAAAUGGAGCAGGUGUCCUCUGUGCAAAAUAAUGCGACCCCCACGGGCAGGACACUGUCGAACCUGUGGAUCCUGCGUCCAGCGUCUGGACCACCACUGCAUCUGGAUAAACAGCUGUGUUGGACAGGGCAACCACCGCAGUUUCCUGCUGACCCUCUCUGUGUUCCUGUUGACCUCUCUGUAUGGGAUCACUUUGGUGCUUUGCAGCCUGUGUCCUCGACAGUAUCUAAUGACAGCUCUCUUCUACUGCCCUGGCGUCUACAGUCAGUCUAGCACAGCACUUUGCUUCACCUGCGCUUGGUACAGCAGCAUCGUCACAGGGGGAUUGCUUCACCUGUUGGUGGUACAAGUUCUGAAUAUCAGCUUCAAUGUGACGGAGCGGGAGGCUCAGCUGGCUCUGAGGAACAAAACGGGCCAGAGCCGCUUGUGUGGACUCGCCAUCGACACAGGAGAGUUUUCACGUGGCUUCUACCAGAAUUGGAUUGAGUUUCUCACCAUGGCAGAUGCCUCGGUUUCUCCUUGCUCCAGCGUCACUGACUUGGUCUAGGUUGACUUUAUACUUUGUGGUAACAUUAACAGAAUGUUAAUGUACUGUUGCAUGUUUUAAGAAUCACUUCUCAUGUGUUUCUUAUCGGAACACAGAUCAAAACAGCAGAG